UCAUAGACUCUUGGUAAUAUAUAGUCUAUGAAAAGAAAGAGUCUAGCAAUGGGCCGGAACACGAAGCUGAGGGAGGCGGCCUCGUGUGUAGACGAUCUUUGCAGUAGUCGUUGAUUUCACAUCACGCCAGACCUCCUCCCCUGAAGCUGCCGAAGACUCCCAGUUCCUUGACUGAAUCCGGGAAUGUUAGACUAGAUAUGGCUCCAGGCCUGCCCAGUAUUGUUGUGUUGGCUCUCUUUGUGGUACUGUUCCCUUGUGUAUCCGCAGGGGACGACUGCCUGGCCUACGGUGGUAAGGGCUUCCAGAAAUGUUAUUUUGGAUUUUGCUGUGGUAGCUGCAGCAACCGAUAUUGUUGUUCAAAUCUUUGGCAAAAGUUUGAUGAAGAUAAACAAGAACAAUGUUUCAGCAACAUUCCCUCACACGAAUUCGUCCAUGAUACAUUACCCACAAUCGCUGGCGUUGUGAGCUUCAUCAUCAUUGUGCUCAUCUUCAUCUGCUGCUGCAUUUGCCCCUGCUGUUGCCUGUACAAGAUGUGCCGCAAACCACGCCCUGUGGUAGCUACCACUACCCACACCACAGUGGUCACCACCACUCCUCAGCAUUACCCCCAGCAGCCCACUGCAGUACCUGGGCCCUCUCAAUCCUACCAGGGAGUGCCCUACCAGCCAGUAGCAGUGCAGCCUGGCUACCCAGCACAGCCUGGCUACCCUGCUCAGCCUGGCUACCCAGCACAGCCUGGCUACCCAGCACAGUCUGGCUACCCUGCACAGCCUGGCUACCCAGCUCAGCCUGGCUACCCAGCUCAGCCUGGCUACCAGGGACAACCACCACCAUCGUAUCAGGAAGCAACUUCUCUUUCUGUUUCUAGUCGGGCCUGCCUACCCUCCACAACCGAUGCCUUACAGCCAGGCUGCGUUUACACCCGGCCAGCCAGCGUACCCUCUGAACCCUCCGGCCCAGCCACAGCCUACUGCUCCACCCGCCAGCAGAGACUUCCUCACCCAGCCUGCAUACAACCCAGAUUUUGCUCUACCACCACCCUAGGCUGGGGAGUGGACAUCAGUGCCUCAGUCAGACACAAACAUGCUGCAGCAUUUUUUUGAACUUGGCUGAUGUGGAAGUAUGUCCUUUGAAUCAAGAUGAGAAAUUCCAGAGUAACUUAGUUCAUGUAUUUUAUUGGCUACAUGUUGGGGCAGAAAUGGUGUGUCGGUUCUCCUGAACAUUUGCCAAGUGAACAUGUUUAGGUUGUACUGCAUAGGCAUGCAGUAUGUAAAUAUAGUCAUUUUUGUUUUUUUUAAACAGUUUCUUAGUGGGUCCAUCUUUAAUUAUUUUGAGAAAUUAAACAUGAAACCACUGUUUCUUACUGUUUUUAAGAGUAGGUCAAGUAUUUUUUUUUCCAGCCUCAUUCCUCAACACAUUCCUCUUGCCUUUUUUGUCAACCAGCCAAACUUCCUGACCUCCACCUACAGUAACUGCAGUCAAAUUCAGUGGUCAAACUUCGAAGGUGUUUGAGUGUCCGUGGCCAUCAUCUCGUUGCUAUCUGGCAGUUUACUGCAGACCAACGAAGUGCUUUGAACCUUUUUCACUCGUGUGUUUCGUUUUGCAAGUCGUCAUACAUGUGAACAAAUUGAAAGUGUGCAACAUUUAUCACUGGAAGGUUUAUGCUGAAAAGGAUAAAUGUUAUGUUUUUUGACCACCAGUGUUUUCAGAACACACAUAUUUCGUUUCCAUUUAGUUAACAUCUAGAAAAGUGUUCAGCACUACAGUUCCAAUUCAACAAAAUAAGACUUACAGACAGGGGUGGUUUGCGUCAUGUUUUUAUGUAGCAUGCACACAGAUUAGCGUUAAGGUUUUUUUUUUUUUUUUUUUUUUCAUUGCUCAGGUUUUAUUUGCCCAUCUUACAUUUCCAACAACCUCUGGAUGCUGUGCAAAAUGCACAUGUAAGCUGAAUGUUACACUCAACAUGCACAUUAAUGUACAUGACAAGCUAGAUGGUCUCUCUCCUCUUAAAUUUUGAUUGGUCAGACACCAGGAGAGUUUUCCACAGUCUAUCUUAAAUGAGCGUGAUCCCAGAGAAUGAGUAUAAUCUUAGAAUAAGAUUAACUCGACAUUAACUAUUGUGUUCACUGGUUUGCUAAGAUGUUUUCAGAGGUGUAGUUGAGUCCAUUGGGUUUUUCAGAACUGCAGUAACAGAUAUUGAAUUUUAAUUUGUCCUUUUAUGUACAGAGAGAUUUCCCAGUUAUUUAAAUGUUUUGGUGAUAUGUAAAAUAAGGUUUCUUGAGAUGGCUGUGGUAAUUUGCUGCUCUUACAUUUUACAUUGAGAAGUUUAAACUGUUAAACCAUUUGCUAACAGUCUUUUACAGAGUCGAGUUCUAAUUCUGAAAUGCUCUCUCUUUUUUUUUUUAAAAUAUCUGAUCAUUUGUUAUUGCCAGUUAGCUGUGAGAUGUUCUAUCAGGCGUCUUUGAUUAUGAUCAUUUUUUACAGUGUCCCUGCUCUGUGUAAAACAGAGUUUGCACAUCUGUAACCAUCUGAGCUGAAAUGCACUGGCAGCUUUAGAUUACUUUACCAAAGGAGAUUCUUUUCUUUUCAAUCGACCAAAUAUAUGUUGAACACAUGUUAAAUGCAAGAAAGAAUUGUGCCUUCCAGCAAAUUUUAGAUGUUAUUUUAGAUGUUCGUGUGUUAUUUGACUUGGAUUUUCUUGUGGAAAAGCCAUUACUUCUGCUUUCUGCUGACUGAAAUUACUUGAAGUGACCUUUUCCUUGUGACUCACUCAGCUGACACUAGAGAAGUACAGUCACGACUCAUUAGAACUUCUAGACCUUUUUCUCUGACAAUUUAUCAUCUUUCUUUGUUUAGACUUUGUCUGAGGUGAAAGACCACAGCAGGAAACAUUACAUUUUAGUGUGUCGGUCACACCUAUGCAGUGUCUUUUGUUAGCUACUGAUGUUUAAGACACCAAAUGCCAAUUAAUGAAAGGGAUGCAAUGUCACGUUUGUAGUUUUAAAACCUGUUGACUAAUAGAAAUCCUUUGUGGUAGGCUUUCCUUUUGUGUGAAAUGUGUUCUGCCUGUGGUUUCUGUCCUCUGGCCAGUGUUGAUGUGUUGUGGAUUACAGUAUAUUGUGUUCUUUGAGGGAGGUGGGGUGGGGGGACAUGCUUGCAAAGAUUUAUUCUUGUUCCAGCUACUCUGUUUUCCUUUAAAAUCUAAUAAUGUAACUCCAAGAAUAUAUGUUGGACUUUUUUUUUUUUUGUUAAAGUCAUUUAUUCAUUUUGUAAAAACAAACGGAAUGUUCAAAUAAAAUAUAUAUUUGCUGUUUU